AUGAUGCUUCGAGCUAUAAAGCUGGUCAUCCAGGCAUCACUGUUGCUACAAGUGCUCCAGUAUAGCACCUCCGUGAAUGGCGUCGAGGUAAACGAAAAUUUUCAGAACACUCAGCUAACAUCAAAGGACAAGCUAGGUACCGUUGUCCCCGCGAAUAUCCCGGACUCACAAGACGAGAAUAUUAAGAAGCAGGAAGAGCGUGGCUUCUUUGACUGGUUUAGCGAUGACGAUGACACCACGGCUCCUGCUUCACCUGCCGCGGGCAGUACCCUGGCUGCUGAAGACACAUUGGGGGAAUUCGCGACUACGACGCCGAUCCCUGGCACGGCUGCACGGCCAUCUACCAGUAGCCUGAUGUCAAUGUACGGCAGUAUGAUUGGCGAAUUUACGAAAAACACCGAUACUGCCUCGGAAGCCGAUGGAAGCACGGUGGGCGCCGGUAGCUCUGCCACUACCCCUAAGACGAAGAAGACGAAGAAGCCUGCUGUCGCUGUGACCUCCACAUCGUCUUCGGGCAGUACCUCUGGGAGCGAUGCAGCUGAAGCCACACCGAAGAGGAAAAAGAAGACCAAGAAACCUGUGGUGGCUGCCUCCGCGUCUACGUCCGCGUCAGGGAGCGAAGAGAGCGAAGAUAUCGAAGACAGCGGUUCUGGAAGUGGGGCGCCCCCCAAGAAGAAGAAGACUAUCAAGAAGACCAAGAAGCCCGCCGCAGCUGCUGUUUCAUUGUCUGAAUCGGAGGCUGAAUCGGGAAGUGACGACCUGUCGGGCCUACUAGGCAGCUCGACUGCGUCGGGAAGCGACGAUGUGUCCGACCUGCUCGGUAGCUCGGCUGGAUCGGGAAGUGAAGGUGGCUUAUCGGGUCUGCUCGGCAGCACCGGCGGUUCCGGAACUGAGGCAGCCUUAGCGGCCCUGCUGGGUUCGAAAUUCGACGCCUCUGGUAGCAUGCUCAGCUUUGAAGACUUCAAGAAAACGUUCGGCGACAUGUUCGGAUCGGGGAGUGGUGGUAUUGACCUGUUUGGAGAUUCGAGCCCCCCUCAGGACAACACUGUUGAAGACGAUGAUAUUAUUCUUGGUGAAUUGUACGGUGGUAAGGAGCACGGUGAUGCGUUCUCGGACAUCAAGAACAUCAAACUCGGUCAGUUCAUCCUUAACAUCACUGUACGCGGCCAGGAGCGCGUGGACUCCGUUGGCAUUACGACUAUGACUCAAGGAUUUAAACUGUGUGGUGGUGGCAAUUCGGAGUUGUUUCAGUCGUAUUUAAACACUGAAUCUCCAUUAGUAAAGGUACGGCUGUUAUUUUUGGGUCAGUUCAUCCUUAACAUCACUGUACGCGGCCAGGAGCGCGUGGACUCCGUUGGCAUUACGACUAUGACUCAAAAGGUUUACGGUAACCUCGUACAUGGUGGUAAAGGCGGAACGGAGGGUUUUAUUGAGCCGGCGGUGGGCAACACUAUUGACUCCGUUGAAGUGCACUGGGACAAGAACAAGGGCAAGACAUGCAUCUUCUACAUCAAGAUGACUACUUCUGGCGGUAAGACGAUCGCCACGGGAACGAAAACGGGCAACGCUGCUGUAAUCAAGCCGCCCAAGAACUACCAGCUUGCCGGUUUCUACGGCCGUGACAGCAGUUCCGGUAUUUUCUGUAUUGGUGGGAUCUUUACGAAGCAAGCAACUAUGGACCUGGCAGUCACGGACGUGAUGGCUAUCACCACUGAUAGCUCCUCCGAUGUCUACAACUACAACACCACCAUCCGCAAUUGGGUUGGGCCGCUGGAAACCGCUGACGAUACCGCUUGUUACCAGAAGAAAUUCGAUGUCAGUAGCCAGGGCAUGUGUCCGUCGGGUUUUGACAGAGAUGAUGAUAAGUGCAUUUCCCAGUGCCCUCUCAACUACCCCGUACACUGCUUGAUGGAAUGUAUUCCUCAAAAUGCCGACUGCACUCAGGAAAUCGUCUCUAAAGUUGCAUCUGUGGUCGCUGUUGCCUUAAAUGCGGCCACACUUGGUGUCUUUGGCACGCUGGUGUCGGCUUACAAGACCGCCAAUUUCGUUCUUAUGUGUGCCAUCAACGUCGUAAACGCCGUCAAAUCGCUCAUUUACUAUCUGCGUUAUAAGCAAACGACCAUUCCGAAGACCGACACGGAGAAGUUGAUGGACAAGGCCUUCCAGAUGCAGAUCGUCAUUCUCGACCUACCUGUGGCUGUCUGCGCUUGCCUCGGUAUCAAAAUCCCUCCAAAGCUUCAGUUCUCAGCCACCAUUCUGGCUGUUGUGUCUGCUAUUGUAAUGAUGGCUGUCAUGGUUGGUGAAAUUUUAUUCGCUAGUCAGGAUAACGUCAUGCUAAUGCUCCGUGAAGUGGGAGCUCUCAACAACACUGUUCCCAGCAGUAAGAUCGACGAGCUUGACACAUUCCUCCACUCUAAAAACGGUACGUGUGGCUACGAGUUGAGAACCCUCACGAACCGCGUCAUGGGCAAGGUCUACGAAAUCCGCAACAAUACGCCCAAUGCUGCUCCGAAUGAUGUGCGCGUCGCCGUUAGCAAGUCGCCCAUCAUCACAGAAGACAUCCCGGUCGUCACCAACCACUGUAUGGGGGAGAUCUGGAAGAAUAAGACGAGUGCGGCGGCGUACAAAACGCGAAACCUGUUGCGAAAGACGAUCGGUGUGAUUGUUGACCAGCUGAUUGAGGACGGUACGACCGACAUGGGUAAGUCCGUGACCAAGAAGGAGAAGGCACUCGAGUACUCGAACUUGGGUCUCUUCGUCUUGUCCAUUUUAGAUCCUACGGGUAUUGCCUGGAUGGCUUCCGAAUUUGUUCAGCCCAUUUGUGGUCCCAGUGAGUACCUGGGUGAGAUCGACGACGGUACUCUGUAUGAUGCUCUGGGUCUCAAUACUGUCGACCAAGCAUUCCUGGGAAGCUACGGUGUGUGGAAGAAGAAGGGCGAUGGCUCCGUCACGGUUUACUUCGAGAGUGUUGACAAGUACGAUGUGUCUGUGGUGAUCAAGUCUGGUGGUGACAAGCUCAAGGAGGUCAAGGUGCCUGCUAACGGCAACGUCACGUGGACGUCUACGGUAGAGAAACUGGGGGACAAGACAUUGUACCUCGAUCGCUGGCGCCCUGGUCUCUUCGGUCUGCCUGGUACGGGAGGUGGUUCUCUACUGAUGUGGAUCCCUCGAUCGUCUGAAGGAGGCCAGCUUAUUCUCCAUGCUCGCCUGAAUGUAAGCUAA